AAGCAAGACGGAAACCUAUCAACUACCUUAUCAUCUCCCUCCAUUUUUGGAAUGGCUAUAGCUUCCUUCUCCACACAUUUGUUCUUUCACUGCAACCACCCCUCUCUGCCAACCUGCGCCAUCACAACCCGCCAUGGAACUCUCAUCUUCUUCUCUUCCAAGUUCAAACAUUCUACUGCUUUCGCCGUUUCCUCGGCCGGCGAUGGCGGCAGGUCAUCGGGGAGCGGUGGCGGUGGCGGCGGUGACGGAUACGGUGGCGGUGACGAAGAGGAGGAGAGGGACCGCAACAGGGAAGAGGUGAUGGUGGCGCUGACCGAGAGUGGGAGGUCGCUGGAGAGUCUCCCGACGGACUUGGCGGCGGCAGUUGCGGCGGGGAGGGUACCGGGUUCGAUAGUGCGGAGGUUCUUCCAGUUGGAGGAGUCAGCCGUGUUGCGGUGGUUGCUCAUGUUCGGGGGGUUCAGAGAAAGGUUGUUGGCAGAUGAAUUGUUCUUAGCCAAGCUUCUAAUCGAGUGUGUUGUUGUCAUCUUCACCAAGCUUGCUGCAGAAUUGGAGCGCCGUAAAGAAAAUUUCACUAAGGAAUUGGAUUUUGUUGUUGCCAAUGUGGUAACAGGCAUUGUGACAGGUUUUGUGCUUGUGUGGUUUCCUGCACCCACUGUUUCUCUCAAACCUCCUCUGGGAGUUAGUGCUGGACCCAUUGCUAAAUUAUUCUACGGUUGUCCUGAUAAUGCCUUUCAGGUGGCUUUACCUGGAACAUCCUAUACCCUUCUACAAAGAAUAGGUGCUAUAGUGCGUAAUGGCGCAAAGCUAUUUGUUGUUGGCACCGGUGCUUCAUUGGUUGGUAUAAGUAUAACAAAUGCAUUGAUCAGUGUACAGAAGGCUGUGAAUAAAACAUUUGCAACUGAGGCCGAGAAUUUACCUGUAGUAUCAAUCAGUGUAGCAUACGGAGUUUACAUGGUUGUAAUUAGCAACCUCAGGUACCAAGUACUUGCAGGAAUCAUUGAGCAACGGAUUCUAGAACCAUUACUACACCAAAACAGGCUCUUACUAACCGCAGCAUACUUUACUGUUAGAACUGCCAAUACCUACUGGGGCUCGCUACUGUGGGUGGAUUUUGCUCGAGAGGUUGGAGUCCAGAAGAUAAAGGAUUAAGCAUUUCUUUUGCAUCAACAUCAAUUCAAUUGGUCAAAACUUAAGUAUGUUAAUGUUAUUAUUGGUUCAUUCAUACAACUCCAAAAGCUUGGUCAUUAAAUUUGUUCUUUCUCUAAGGAAAAUUGUACAUCUGUCAGUAGCCAACAUCAGCAAGUAAAUCUACACCUUGUCUAGUUGACCAAAACAUAUGGCAAUACACGUGGUCAACUAAAUACAUGAUCUAUAUAUGUAUCAUGACUAGCACAACUAGCCUCGUGAAUUUGAGUCUCUUCAUUUUAUACAAUUGGCACUUAUUUUCAA